CGCUUCUUUUAUUCAAACACACUUUAAUUGUAUGACAACAAUACUACAAUGGCGUGCUUGCAAAGCCCGAUGGGCUCUUGGCUAUUAAUUAUACUCUGAGAGGAAGCAAAAAGUCUUAAGAGAUAGAGUUGGUACUUCGCAGGAGCUGAGUUCAAGUGGGAUGGAAACGAAACAUCUUGAAUAUGUGUUGGUUCCGCUUGGUUUUGCGGUGCUGGUGAGCUACCAUCUUUGGUUGGCAGUCACCAUCUACUGGAGACCGAAAAGAACAGUCAUUGGAAUCAACGCCGAAUCCCGCCGGCAAUGGGUCUCCACCAUGAUUUCGGAUCCCAUGAAGAAUGGUGUUCUCGCAGUCCAAAUCAUACGAAACAACAUCAUGGCUUCCACACUUAUGGCCAUGACAACAAUCACCAUUGGCUCGUUGCUUAGUGCUUUUGUAAGCAGCACAUCAAGUACUGGAAAGUACCAUUACAUUGUACUGUGUUUCCUCGUUGCAUUUCUUUGCAAUGUGCAGUCUAUUCGAUACUAUGCUCAUGCCAGCUUCUUAGUCACUUUGCCUGCUGGUGAAGGCAGAAUGGAUUAUUUUGCUGGAAUCUUGAACCGGGGAAGCUUAUUUUGGUCACUCGGACUGCGAGCUUUCUAUUUUGCAAUUCCUCUCUUCCUCUGGAUCCUUGGACCUCUUUCAAUGUUCUUGAGUUCCUGCCUUAUAACAUUUGUGCUUUACUUCUUGGACUUUACUACAACUUCCAGCUAUGAUCCUUAUGAAUAUCUGCAAAAGGAAGAAGUGAACAACAAUGACAUUGAAUCUGUGGGUCAAUCAAGGGGAAACAACUUCGCCGUAAGCUCCCGCCUUCACUCUCCCCUACUUGCAGGUUACAGUAUGACCUCCAAUUGCAAUGAUUCUGCAGAUCAAAACUGAAAAUCAUUUUGUUAAACCAUACUCUUUUAAGCUAUUGCUAUUGCUGAGAAUCGAGUUUGGGAAGAGAAUGGAUACACAUUUCCUAUGUUUAGAGUCCACAGGCAUUGUCUGAAUGUGUGCUAUUUCCUCUCCCUGUCUGACUUAACUCAAAAAUAGGUCGCUCGUUUGCUCCUAUGGCAGGUAGGUAGCUAGUUGGAAUGGAGACGGGAACUAUGGACUGAGACAAUCUUCUUUGAUCUCUUACUUGGGAGUAUAUAUGUUGAG